CGGAAACGGAUUAGUUUGUGGCGACAACGUGUAAGUCACGCAGCUCACCUCUCGUCGCCUCUGAGGAAUAGCAGGUCUUGCCCCGAACUUCCCUCUCAUUUAUCGCAAGGAGCCUGUGAGACGAGAAGGAAAGCUGAACAGUCAUGUACAACCGUUUGGGGACACUUCAUAAGCCAGCCGGCCUCUUCGUCAGAGGACACCAUAAGUACCGGGGGAAAAUCCUUGGCAUUCGUAGAGAAGAUAUAAAUCCAUGGGAACGGAGGGCACCUCUUGCCCCACACAAUGUGGAGGAGCUGACUAAAGCUGGCGUCAAGGUCGUAGUCCAGCCGUCCAACCACAGAGCCAUCCCUGAUAUGUACUACGAGAAGGCAGGCGCCAUCAUUCAGGAAGACAUUUCAAUGGCAAACCUAAUUUUAGGAGUAAAGCAGCUACCGCUCGCCUUCAUCAUUCCCCACAUGACAUACCUUAUUUUCAGCCACACUGUGAAGGCUCAGGAAGUCAACAUGGCCCUUUUAGAUGAACUCAUCAGACAGAAUUGUCGUUUGAUCGACUAUGAAAAGAUGGUUGAUGCGGCCGGUCGACGUGUUGUAGCCUUCGGUAUCUGGGCCGGUAUCUCAGGAACGCUUAACAUUUUGCAUGGACUCGGGGUUCGAUUGCUGGCUCUCGGUCACCACACUCCAUUAUUGCACAUCUCCAUGGCUCAUAACUACAGGACUAUCAGCGAGGCCAUCCAGUCUGUGAGGAACUGUGGGUAUGAGAUUUCCCAGGGGCUCAUGCCUAAAUCCAUUGGCCCCCUGAUAAUUUGUAUCACUGGAAGUGGAAAUGUCGCUAAGGGAGUCAAACAAAUGCUCAGUCAUCUUCCUGUUGAAUAUAUUGAUGUUGAACAUUUGAAGAACGUGCGUGAGAAAGGAGAUUUGAACAAGAUUUAUGUCGUCAUCGCGAGCAGAGAACACUACAUGCGUAGGGCAGACACCGGUACAUAUUGCCCCAUCGACUUUGAGCAGAACCCAGAUAAAUACAUCUCAAACUUCUCUACUGAGAUUGCCCCACAUGUGAGCUGCCUGAUGAAUUGUAUUUACUGGGGCCCAAACACUCCCAGACUCCUCCGACGACAUGAUGCCCAAAGGCUGAUGAUACCAGACAAUCCCUUCGCUGUAAACACUAGGGGAUCACCAGGGCUGCCUCACAGGAUGCUGGCCAUCUGUGACAUCUCUGCUGACACCGAAGGGUCAAUAGAGUUCAUGACCGAGUGCACAACCAUCGAUAAGCCGUUCAGCAUGUAUGACGCCGAAAAGGACGUUCAUCACAGCAGCGUUGAAGGAGACGGCAUCCUCAUGUGCUCCAUCGACAACCUUCCGGCUCAGCUUCCCGUCGAGUCCACUAUGUGCUUUGGAGACCAGCUGGCUCCCUACAUGUUGGAACUGUUGGAAUCAGAUGCCUCCAGAUCUCUGGAAGAGGAGAAAUUCAGCAACACCGUCAGAAACGCUGUCAUCACCUCAAACGGAAAACUCACUCCCAACUUUCAGUACAUCACUGAACUUCGACAGGAAAGGGAGAAGGCUCAGAUCACAAAGAGGAACGGGAUGAAUCGGGUUCUGCUGCUGGGUUCGGGAUAUGUGUCCGAACCCGUAGUGGAGUAUUUGACUCGAGAUAAAAAAACCCAAGUCACUGUGGCAUCAUCACCACUGACGCAGGCAGAGGGACUAGCUGCCAAAUACUCCAACACGAUCCCCAUCGCCCUGGACGUCAGCAAGCAGGAGGAGUACCUGGACUCUCUGGUCAAAGACCACAACCUGGUCAUUAGCAUGCUGCCGUACUCGUUUCACCCCCUCGUCGCCAGACACUGCAUUAAUAGGAAGGUAAACAUGGUCACAGCCAGCUACUUGAGUCCUGCCAUGAAGGAGUUGGAGAGCAGUGCAAAGGAGGCAGGAAUCACCAUCGUGAAUGAGAUGGGCCUGGACCCAGGUAUCGACCACAUGCUAGCGAUGGAGUGCAUCGAUCGGGCCAAAGCUAAGGGCUGCACGGUGGAGUCCUACAGCUCCUUCUGCGGUGGACUUCCUGCCCCUGAAUCUUCAGACAAUCCUCUUCGCUACAAGUUCAGCUGGAGUCCUUAUGGCGUCCUCCUCAAUACCACCAGCCACGCCACCUUCCUCAAAGACAAUCAGCUGGUGAACAUCCCAGCUGGUGGAGCGUUGAUGGACUCUGCCGUGCCAAUGGAUAUUUUCCCUGGUUUUAACCUGGAGGGAUUUCCAAACCGUGACAGCACGAAUUACACUGACCUAUACGGCAUCGAGACAGCGCACACGAUGAUUAGAGGAACUCUGAGGUUCAAGGGCUUCUCCAAGGCCAUGAGUGCUUUUGUCAAACUGGGUCUGAUCAACACCGAGCCCAGUUCCCUCCUGCAGUCCCAAGUUUCCUGGAAACAGCUCCUCUCUCACCAGAUAGGACUGUCCUCUACUUUGCCCCAAGAAGCCUUUGAGCAAGCCGUGUAUGAACACCUCGGAAAGGAUGACACGAGGAUAAACACGCUGAGAUGGUUUGGGAUGCUGAGUGACAAGAAUGUGCCUGCGGCUGAGAGCAGCCUGGCAGUUCUGGCAAAACAUCUGGAAGCCAACCUCUCCUUUGAUAAAAGCGAGCGGGACAUGAUCAUCAUGAGGAACGAUGUGGGCCUACGCCACCCCACUGGCAAACUGGAGACCAAGCACAUCAGCAUGGUGGUGUACGGCGACCCCAGCGGAUUCUCCGCCAUGGCCAAGACUGUGGGCUACCCAGCAGCCAUCGCUGCUCGCAUGGUCCUUGACGGUGAAAUCACUACAAAGGGCCUGGUGAUCCCAAUAACCAAGGACAUCUACGAGCCGGCGCUGGAUCGACUGAAGAAGGAAGGACUGAACAUUAUGACUAAGAGCAGCAUCCAGGAGUGACGCAUGUCCAAAACCUUCAGUGAAACGUCUGUGAAACGAGUCUAGAAAGAAAAGAAAGAAAAUGGGGAAAUUUGUGUUUACAAACUUCCUCCAAUAGGAUCUUCAUACAGAUUCAGAUGACACAUGCUGGUAGUCAGUGAAUGAAUGUUCAGCUGGCCAUCUUAUACCCGGUGGUGGUGGUGGUAGUAGUAGUAGUAGUAGUAAUAGUAGUAGUUUGGCUAGUACGAAAAACUGUGAUAUGUUAAAAUUAUAUGUGAAUGGUCUAAGUGUGGAAGAGAAGCCGUCUGGUCGUUUUUCUUCUAGUGUGAGACUUUUUUGAGUCUAGAGCUUUAAAAGAUAUGGGGAAUUUAUGUCCAAAAGAACCUUCAUAGAGUCAGAUGACGCGUGCUUGUAGUGAGUGAAUGAAUGCUAAACUGGGCCUCUUUGAACCCAGUGGAGUGAUGGUAGUAGUAGUAUUGUAAUAUUUUAAACUCGUGAAAAGUUUGAGUAAAUCCUCUGGAAGUUAAGUCAAGACACCUGGUCGUCUGUCUUCUAGUGUAAAAAGUUGCACUGGUUGUCCUGGUAGGUCUCAUCACGCUGAGAAGAAUUAGCUGGAAUAAUUCUUCCUGUUGGUUUCACUUCACACCUGUAACAGGUGUUAGGUGGACUGAAGGAAGAUGGAGGCUCUUCCUCCUUCCUGGGUAAAGUGGCUUUGAUCUUCUGGUGGUUUGACCCAGAAGAAGUAGUCGUCACCCAGGUGCAAUGACUUAAUUUGCAGAAUAGAGAUUUUAAGUAUUAACAGAUCCACUGUCACUAAUAAGGUCAAAGUCUUGCAUAGAAUAUUCAGGCUAAGGUCUGACCUCCAGCCUACAGAAACCCUUCAGUAUUAAUCAGCUUUUAAAGGCGAAAUCUAAAGUGACGUUUUCUGGCAGAUGAUCUUUUAACAUAUUGUGCAAUCAGGGAAAUGCUACCGUUGAGCCAUACACGCUGCCUCCAUUGAGCAAUCAUCCUGCUGUUUUAUAAAGUGUCGGGUGAUUAGAAGAUGACCAAAGCGCUGACUGUGAAAACAAAUCCAGCUCCGGUAGCUUUCACCUUUAGGUUUUCAUUUCUGUUUUCCCGUGGUUAAUGGCAUUAAGGAAUGACCUAUUCCAACGUUACCUCAUGUGUCCAUGCUAUUUAGGAUAAACUCUAUUGAUCCCACAGUUCACUUGUUAAAGUGGUUACAAAACAGUGAGGAGCACAGAAUGAGAACAGGAAGUGUCUGGAUAUUUACUGUAACACUGAAACGUUUCCAAUGCACCUGAUCUAAGUAACGUUUUCUCCUCAUUGUUCAACUAUAUUUACACAAUUUGUGAAAAACGGAUUAGUUAACUUGCAUGAUGAUUUUUUGAUGAUCUCAUUUUGAUGAGAUGCUUUUGGUUCUCGCUUUAUUAAAUCAUAUUAAAUACAUUAAAUCAUAUUAAAUACAUUAUAUCAUAUUAAAUAUAUUAGUUUUGUUUUUGUUGAUUGCUUGAACAAAUAAAGUGGACUGAGAACUAUUA